AUGAGAACUACUACUAUCGUCACCACCGACCUCAUCAUCGUCAUCAUCUUCGUCAUCAGCCUUCAACACUUGCCCGCUGAUUGCAAGCCAGACGUAAGCGAAUCUUCAAAUGAGAAUCUUAAUGACGUCACAAAUUCUAAUGCUACGUCACUUACGUCGUCAUUGUUAUUAUCGAUGCCAAUAAUAACAACAACAUCGUCUUUGUCGUCGUCUUCAUCGUCGUCGUCGUCUUCCUCGUCAGCUUUGUCUGGAUCAUUAUCAGUUGGAGGUUUAUCCUAUAUUUUAUUUUCAUUAUCAACAAUACCAUUAUCAUCAAGCAAACUCCAAACUGAAAAUCCAUCCCGGAACAACAGCAUUGAGAGCAGCAACAACACAAACAACAAGAACACACCGAACAGCAAUGAGAAGGUUUAUUUCAAUUUAAGUGAUAUAAAACCUUCAAACGCUACUUCAAUUGCUAACACUAAUCCAACUUUGAGAAGUAAUAUUACUAAAAACAGAGUAAGUAACAGUGUAACUACGAGUAAUAAUAAAUAUAAAGAUAAGUUUAAAACUAAGUAUAAAAACGCUGGUGUAGUAACUGCCGUUACUACACUCAAAAAGUCACCAAAUAACAAAAAUACUACAACAGUUUUGAUAAAUAUAACGACACCAGUUACUGUUGCCACAGAAGCUACUACCUCAACUUUAAUUACUACUUUUAUUGCCGCCGCAACCGUAACCACUAAUACUGCAACUGAAAAUAAUAAAAUUAGUAAUAAAUCGCUGGCGUUUGACGGUUUAGAUCCAAUUAACAAUCCUAGCAAGAGUAAUUUUACUGAUUUCAGUAAUUUUACUUUUACAAAGAAUAUUGAAAAAAAUGAUAAGAACGUGCAAACUCAUAGAAACAAACUUAGUAACAAGAAUAAAAACAACAGCAAUGGUGUUUUCAAGAAAUACAAAAAUAGAAAUAAACCUACUGGUAGAAAUAUUUUAACCAAAAAUAUUAUUAUGAUUGUCAGUAAAAACAUCAACAACACAGUCAUAAAUGUUACUAACAACAACAACAGCAACAUCAGCAACAAAAACAACAACAGCAACAACAACAAUAAUGACGUUAACGUCAACAAUAUACACAACAUCAACAAAGAAAUAAUUAGCAUAAACGCCAACGACAAUGCAAUUAAUAACAAUAACGCCCUUACGAGUAUUGGAGAACCAAUUGCUAGACACGAAAACAACAACAGCAUCAACAACAACACCAACAACGACAACAAUAACAAUACCAACAACAACAGCAGCAAUAAUGACAUCAACAAUCUCUUUACAAUAUUUUCUUACGGUCGCAGUCAAUUUGUUGAUUUCAACAUCCACAACGAUAACAACAACUACAACAAUAGCAACAGCAAUGUUCACUUCAUCAAAGAAAACAACAACCUCAACAACAACAACAACAACAAUAACAACAACAACAACAACAACAAUACUACUCAUAACAUCAACAACGACACCAUUUACAGCAACGAAAAGACAUUAAAUGACAUUACAGACGAUAUCAAUAACAUCAGCAACGUUACAUAUAACAUUAACUACAUUAACAAAAACAUAAAUUACAACAACAGCAAUGUACACAGUGUCAAAAACAACAUCAACAAAACUGUAUACAACAUCAAAAACAGCGUCAAUGACAUCAACAAAACUGUAAAUAGCAUCAGCAACAACAACAUUAAUAACAACAACAUCAAUAACAACAACAAAACUCUAUGUAACAUCAAUAACAACAGCAACAACGACAACAUCAACAACAAUCUGUCCAUGGUUAAUCCUAUUUGCCUAAAGAACGACCAAGAUAUUAUUACAAGAAUACUGAAAAGAGUUAUAAAUGGUAGUAAUGGCACGAAUAACAAUGGAGAGGAUGACGAAGACUAUAAAGUUGAUGUCAUUUUUAACAGUGACGACGACGAUGACGUCAGAGUUAAUUAUAAUUACAGCUCACAUGGCGAUAAUGAUGAUGAUGUCAAGUACAAUGACGUUAGCGUAACAGGAAAAUCUGAGAAAAAUUUAAAAAGAAUUCAACAAAAAUUAUUAAUUUUGCGCAGACAACAACAAAAUCACACCAAACAACAACAGCAACAACAACCCAAGAAAUACAUCAACAUCACCAGACGACGCCAACACAACAACAGCAACAUCAUCAUCAAAAAUUUCAACAUCCCAACGUUAAACUUGCAGAAUGUUUUAAACGUUAUAAAUGCAUCGGAUGCCAAUUCUUUAGAUCUGUCAUUCAACAGCAUUAGCUACGUCACAAUGAUAAAUCAUGACGUCAUUUGUAAACGGAAUAACAACAACAACAACAACACUAGCAAUGAUAAUAAUAAUAAUAAUUAUAAUAACAGUGAAAGAAACAACAAUAAUAUUAAUAGCAUAAAUGGAAACUUCAGCAAAUAUGACAUCAACGUUAAUAACAUUACGAAUAGUGACAACAAUAAAAACAUAGACAACUACAGUAAUAAUAAUAACAAUAGUAAUAACAACAACAACAACUACAAUAAUAAUAAUAAUAAUAACGAAAUCGAAACGAAACGCAAAACUUAUCUCGUUGAACAGCUCAAUCUCUCCAACAAUAAAUUAACAGAGACCAGUUUUUUUUCACUGGUCACAAAAAAUUUUGUCAAUGUUGAACGUUGGAACCUAUCCUACAACAACAUACAACACGUUACAAAAAGUUUCAUCAACGUGUUGGCUGGUGUUGGUAGCAACAGUUAUAUCAACAACAACAUCAACAACAACAACAACAACAUGAUUGUUAACAAUAAUGACAACAGCAAAAAAGUCAAUAUGUUUUUUAACAGUGAUGAUACUAAUAACGACAACAACAAUAGCAACAACAACAAUUAUCACUUCUAUUAUUACGACAUCAAAAACAUAGGCUCUAACAUUAACAGCAACAACAGCAACAGCGUUAACACCCCAACAUAUCAAUCACCAACAAAAACACAAACAACAACAACAUCCCAAACAAAAACAACAACAACCGCAACACAAACAACAACAACACCCCACGUCAAAUCAAUCAAUCUGUCUCACAACAACAUAAAAACAAUUGAAAGCAACUCAUUCAAUAACCUGCCGGCUUUCAACCGGUUGGCAUCAAUCGAUCUAUCUUUCAAUCACAUCGCCUCCAUUGAAAAUUGCACAUUUGUCAACCUGCAUGGCAUUCGUAGCAUCAAUCUAUCACACAAUCACAUCAGCAUAAUCUGGCCUCUUUCGUUCGCAACACUUGCCCCGCUUGACGAUCAUCACUGUACCGACGGAAGUGAUCCGGAACAAAAGAUAAUAAAUAAAAUAGAAGAUGAUGCCGAUGGUGUUGAAGAGGACGAGGAUGAUGAUGAGGAGGAUAAUUUAAAUAGCAAAUAUAAUAGAACUGAUGCAGAAAAUGACGAUGAGGACGACGACGAUGAUGAUAACGUCACAGAUGACGGUGACCAUGAUGAUGAUGAUAACGUGGGUGUAGGUGAUGAUGAUGAUGAUAGUGAUAACGCUGGUGAUAAUGAUAAAAGUGGCGGUUACGUGAGUUACAUUAAAAACGACGAUGGUGAGUAUAACGAAGAUGAGGAUGGCAACGAAGAUGGUGAUGAUAACUACGAAGUCACCCAGAACAACGCUAACCUGAAUGAUUAUACGGCAGAUGUAUCAGUCAACGAGAUGAACAACAAUUCAACGUCACGUUUCACACAACAACUUGGAAAACAAUUUUCGCAACGACUAUUGUUAGGUAAAAUGAAAAAAAAUAAUUCUGAACCCCCACAACAACAACAACAGCAGCAGGCGCCAAAACAACAACAACAACCGCAACCACCACAACAACCACAGCAGCCAAAACUUUCACAGCCACCUCAAAUUCUACAGCCACUAAAACGCCCCAAACGUCAACUACAAAGCAGCACAUACAGUGACCACCUAGAUCCGAUUUUUAGGGCGGAUUUCUGUCCAUCACACAAGUGGUCCAACCUAGAAGUUGUCGAUUUGAGUUUUAACAAACUGACCACUGUCGAUGAGUUAGCAUUCAAAGGAGCUCUCUGUGGGGUCCGUGUUCUAAAAUUGAACGACAACAGCCUACAACUGCUUCCGAGGUACGUCGUUGAACAUUUGCACGAGUUGGAGUCUAUCGAAUUGCAGAACAACCAAAUCAAUUGGCUAGACGUGGGAGCCUUUACGAAUGGCAAGUUGCAACACAUCGACCUAUCAAACAACAGACUUCACAAAAUUAUCAGCAUGACCUUUCUCUAUCUGCCAAAUAUUCAAACCAUAAACAUGCAAAAGAACGAACUGACAUACAUAUACAAGUAUGCGUUUUACAGGCUUUGUAAGAAUGUAGACACGGAUAAAGUGGUGAAAAUUGAUCUGAGUAGCAACAAGUUGAAUGUGGAGUCGGUUAUGAAGAUGAUGACUCUGUUUCAGCACCAGGAAUUAUCAUACGAAGACGUUUCCAUGAACAACAACAACAACCACAACAACAACAACAAUCAUCAUCAUCACCCCUUUAACAACAACAACAACAAUAACAACACUAAUAACAACAAUAAUAAUAACAAUAAUAAUAAUAACAAUAAUAAUAAUAACACGAAACUGCAAUGCAGAGGAAGCGUCGACAUGAGGGAUAACAUUGUAGAUCAACUGCUGACUGACAUUCUACCGCCCUCUCCCUCUUACACCAUUCUCUCUCCUUCCGGAUCUUACCAUUUGCAACCGUCAUCAUUUUUAUCAUUAUCGUCAUCAUCUCCGUCGUCAUCUUCUUCUUCAUCGUCGUCAUCUUCAUCGUCAUCACAAAAUGAGACUGUGAUGAUAACAACACUGCUAGAGAACGUCGACGAAGUUACGAAAAGGUUCAAAAACUGGAACCUCAUCCAACUCAACCUCCAAAAUAACCCGAUCACGUGUGAUUGUUCCCUAGUCGAGAAGGUAGCCUACUUGCAAUUUCUCGAUCAGGUCUAUUUCGAUGGUACCAGGUUCAAAUCCAACCUUGAGAACUGGCUGAAUAUUGAAUGUAGUUAUUACAGUGAAGAAGAUAAUUUAAAUGUUGAUAGAAUAAAUAAAACUGAUGUGUCAUCUGUUCGAAAGAGAGCUAGCAAUGUUUACAGUAACUCUAAUGUAUCAUUUAAACAUGGUCUUUCAUAUUUUGCUGACAAAAGCAACACAAGCAACAAAAUGAACAACAACAACAUCAACAUAAAUAUUAAUCCCAAAGUUAACGACAGCAUUCAAACGAUUAACAAACUUAAAAAACUAAAAAUAAAAGACUUCAUAGAACAAUCAACCCAGCCACAAGCAACUGACGACACCAGCCACAACUCAAUAAAGUGCCGGCCAACGGAUUUCUACUGCCCCAACACGUGCAGCUGUCGAGACGUUCCAGUCGAAAGUGUAGCAAGCUCCGUUCUUGCCGACCACCACGGCCACAGCGUCUAUAACAUCAACUGCUCGUAUUUAGGUGCAAGCUGGAUCAAGUUUGUGCCGAACAAAUCUUUGUACACCCUUCUCGAUCUAUCACAUAACUAUUUUGAGAAUAUAAAUUUUCUAAUCAGUCACUUGCCUGAGUUUGAUGGCGAAAAUGUUGUUGAUGACGAUGAUAAAAGUAACCAAUUUGGUGUUAAUAAUGAUGGUUUUGAUGAUGAGAACGACGACGAUGAUGAUGAUGAAAGGGAUGGUGGUGGUGAUGAUGAUGACGGUGACGAGUAUGAUUACAGAUAUAAGCUAGGCAUUGAACCGUCAAAUGUUUUAUUGAUCGAUCUGUCAUACAACCAAUUGAAAUCCUUGUCGCCAGCACGAUCCGCAUCAUCAUCGUCGUCCUCAUCUUCUUCUUUUUCGCCAUCAUCUUUACUCAUAUCUUCCAAAAUCUUCAGCCACUUCACCUCUCUGAAGGUCAUUUACCUGCACCACAACCACUUGGUGGCUCCUCCCAUCUUUCUGCUGCAAUCGCUACCGAGCGUCCGACGCAUCACGCUGCGCGACAACCCACUACGCUGCCCAUGCGCGUCAAAAACGGAAAUGAAAUUUAAAGAUUAUAAAUAUUUUUUACGAGAGGUCAUUAAAAACGUAACGACCGAUGAAAAAUCGCUAUUGGAUUACGCGGAAGUUAAUUGCGUUGGAAUGGUAAUGAACGCAAAUCAUAAGCCAGCAGGAAGUCUUGAAGCGAAAAGCAGCAAAACCGGAAAUGACUUUGGCGGCAAAUCGGAUAUGUGCCCGGCGAAAAAAUUAAUGACGUCAUCGUUGCGCUUUGAUGACGUUGUAGUAGCUGUGGUGUCCAUCUUUCUGAUAGCGUUAAUUGCGAUUGUUGUGGUUGUGGUUGUUUGGCAGUUGGUGUUGUUUGUUUUGCUGAAACGAAAGAAGGAUGAAUACGUGAAGUUGUGUGUCUGGUGGGGUGGCUUCAAAGAAAAAAAUGUCAACUUUUUAUGCUCGUCGUCGUCGUCUUCAUCUUCUUUACCGAGUACAUCAACAAAAUCAAUAAAUACACCAACAUCAUUGUCAUCAUUAAUCACAUCAACUACAUCAACAACAACUACAUUAUCAUCAUCCUCAUCGUCGUCUUCGCCAUCAGGGCCGACAAUACACAAGCAUUCAAGACUCAGGUAUUUGAUACUCUCUCUUCAAAAAUGUUACGACUCUAGAAAUGACAACCACAUCAGAAGCUGCAGUCGCUGCAGCAGCGUUAGUAACGACGGUGAGGAGGACAACAACGACGACAACAGUUACAGACAAUUUGUUCACAACGUGUGUGCAGUCAUUCGUAGACACGUUGUCACUGGGGAGUUGACGUUUUGUGAAGUUGGCUACUACGACGACGACGAUGCCGAUGUUUGUCGCGAGAGUAGUAACAACUGUAACGACAGUUGCGUUUACAGAAACAUCCACAAAUUAUUAAGAGAAAGUGAUGUGUACAUUAGCGAAACACGCAGCGUUAACGACAACUGCACAUACAAUGACAACGACAUUAACGAUCUCAUCGCACACAACAACGCAGCUUUCAAUAACAACAACACAACACGCAACAACAACAACAACACGAUGUACAGCAACAAUAGCAAAACAAUAUACAGUAACAACAACACAAAACACAUCAACAUCAAAAACGAAAAAAUAUACUUUCCAUCAACAAAAAUAUCCACCCUCAAACAGUAUGACUUUUGGUUUGCCAUACUGCAGUCAAACAGCACCAGGGGAAACACUCUAAAGGACAUUUCAAUUCCGAAAUUAAUCAAAAACGAACUGUUGAAACGCUUGGCCACCGAGUCAAUAUUGUUGAUUGUUAAAAGUUCAAACUUGAGGUCCUCAAACUGUGGUGGGCAGGUCAGCUGCCGUGGCUAUCUCGAUGGUUCUCACGUACUCUACGGCGAUUCUGUUGACUUUUACGAAACUUUCAUUAGCAGGAUUAAAAAUUUAAGCAUGAAAAAGAGUGAUAAAAGUAGAAUACAUUUGACCAGGAGGUCAGUUUUGAAUUCAAAAUACCCAUGCGAUAAUUUUUUUGCAAAAAGUCACCAGGCAAUUGUACAUAGCACUAAUAUCAUUACUAACACUACUACAUCUACUGCUGCUACUACUACAACUACUACAAAUACAACCACUACUACUACUGUUGCUGCUGCUUCUAUUACUACUACUACCGCCAAUUCAGUUAAUUUUACACCUACUACCGUUACAAAUACUAGCACAAAUACCACUUACACUACUAACACUGCAGCGAUAGACCAGAGCUUAAGUAGUACAAGUAGAAAAACAAGUAUUCACAACGAUAAAUUUACUAAAGGCAGUAACAAUGUAAGAAGUUCAGGUUGUUCUAGUAGGUGGAACCGUGAGGAAGUAAUCUGCACUAUCCGAGAGGAUGGUUUUGACAAUCAAGCUUUCGUCCCUGAUAAAUCAUUUGGCAGAUAUUGA